CGACAGAGGAGCCGCGCAGGCGCACUGCCCACCCCGACGCUCUCCUUUGGUUGUGCUCUCUUUCCCCCCUCCCCCCGUGAGCGGAGCGCGCGCGCCAUGGACGUGAAGCGGCUGAAGGUGACGGAGCUGAGGGCCGAGCUCGGGCGGCGGGGCCUGGACUCGCGCGGCCUGAAGGUGGAGCUGGCCCAGCGGCUCCAGGAAGCCUUGGACGCCGAGAUGUUAGCCGCGGGGCCCGAGGAAGCCGGCGCCGAGGCCGGGGGAGCGGCGGCGGCCGGGCAAGGCCUCGGCAGGGCCCGCUUGGGAGGAGGAGGAGGAGGCGGCGAAAAUGACGGCGACGAGGAGGAGGAGGAUGAAGACGACGAGGAAGAGGAGGAGGAGGACGAGGAGGCGCUGCUGGCCGACGAGGACGAGGCCGCAACGGCGCCAGGAGGAGGAGGAGGAGGCCCCGCGCAGGCCUCAGCGCCCAGCGCCGAAGAGCAGGCCUCGGCCCAGCCUGGCGGUGGCGUCAACGGCGCCCAAGGGGCCUCCGAGGAAGGAGCCGGGAGCAGCGGAGGCGGCGAGGAGGAGGAGGCCGCCGCCGGGGAGGGCCGCGCCGAGGCCCAGACCGGAGCCCAGGCCCAGGCAAAUGAAGAGGAUGAGAAAGCAAAGGAGGCUGGUCCAGAUGGUGAACGUCAAGGGCUGAAAAGGCAGCGCGAUGAGAAGGACGAACAUGGUCGUGCUUACUGUGAAUUCCGAGAAGAGGUGUUUAAUAGCCGAUCCAAGUCUCCUCCACCACCAGAAGAAGAGGCUAGAGAAGAGGAUGAUGAGACUCUGGUGAUCCUGGACACAUAUACAGCCGAUCUCCAGUUCAGAGCCACGAAGGACCGCUAUGGAGGACAGCCUUUGUUCCAUGACAAAUUUCCCAAUCUUUGGUCUGGGGCAAGGAGUACACACGGAGUGAAAAGUGGGAAGGUCUGCUUUGAGGCAAAGGUGACACAAAACCUCCCACUGAAGGAAGGUUCCACAGAGCCUCAACUGCUUCGCGUUGGGUGGUCUGUGGAUUUCUCUUGUACGCAGCUAGGUGAGGAUGAGUAUUCUUAUGGCUACGACGGACGAGGGUUGAAGGCUGAAAAUGGGCAGUUCGAAGAAUUUGGCCAGGCUUUUGGAGAGAAUGAUGUGAUAGGUUGCUUUGCCAACUUUGAAAGCAGCGAUGUUGAACUCUCUUUCUCCAAAAACGGAGAGGACCUGGGUGUCGCCUUCUCCAUCAGCAAGGAAGUGCUUGGAGACAGAGCUUUGCUGCCACACGUGCUGUGCAUAAACUGUGUGGUGGAGCUGAAUUUUGGCCAAAAAGAGGAGCCGUUCUUUCCCAUUCCUGAGGACUACACCUUCAUUCAUGCCGUCCCUGUUGAGGACCGGGUGCGCACUCCACUGCCCCCCAAAACUACAGGAGAGUGCGAGGUCCUGAUUAUGGUUGGGUUGCCAGGAUGUGGGAAAACCCAUUGGGCGCGUAAACACAUCCAGGAGAAUCCAGAUAAGCGCUUCCUCAUCUUGGGGACAGAAACAGUUAUCCACCAAAUGAAGACAAGGGGCCCUGAACCUGAAGAAACACCAGACAGAGCAGCUCGAGAUCAGCUGUUUCAGCAAGCUGCCCGUUGUGUUAGCAAGCUCGCCCAGAUUGCUCCCAGGACAAAGCGAAACUUCAUUCUUGAUCAGUGUAACGUGUAUAACUCUGGUCAGCGGCGGAAGCUGCAUCCCUUCAAGGGGUUCAUCCGCAAGGUGAUUGUGGUCGUCCCCAGUGAAGAGAACUGGGAGGAGAGGUUGGAGCAGCGGGAGGAAGCCGAAGGGGAAGACGUUCCUGACUCGGUGAUGCUGGAAAUGAAAGCCAACUUCUCUCUUCCGGAUAAAUGUGAUUACGUAGACGAAGUUCUGUACCAAGAACUCCCCAAGGAAGAAGCUCAAGCUCUUGUCACAAAAUAUAAGGAGGAGGCCAGGAAAUUACUUCCUCCCUCGGAGAAGCGGACACACCGGCGCAACAAUCGCAACAAACGCAACCGCCAGAAUCGCAACCGAGGCCAGGGAUAUGCAGCUCAGCCCAGGCAUCCAAGUAUGCAGCACCCGCCCGGGAUGCUGUUUGGUGGACAACGUCGAGGGUACAAUCAUCGGGCCUAUGGGCAGGGCCAGCAGCAGCAACAGCAGCCACAGCAGCAGCAGUACUGGGGCCAACCUGGCAACAGAGGUGGUUAUCGCAAUUUCUAUGACCGAUACAGAGGGGGGGACUACAAUCGGUUCUAUGGACGUGAUUUUGAGUACAACAGAUACAGAGACUAUUACAGGGACUACAAUCGAGAGUGGCAGAACUACUACCAAGACAGAGACCGAUACUACAGGAACUACUACGGCUACCAGGGCUACCGGUGAAACCCUCCCCAUUGCGACCCUUCAGCCAAGCAGCAAAGUGCGACGACGAAGGGGAAGUCUUCACGACUUCCCGAGACACAAAGCAGUGGGAAAAAAAUGGGGCUGUUGGGGAAAGAUUGGCAUUUGGGGGGUUUUUUGGGGAGGGAGGCGGGGGGGGGAGGUUCGAGAUAAAAAAUUGUAAAUUUUUUAAAAAGUUUGUUGAAAACAAUACUGUCUUAUUCUUUAAAAAAUUGAACUUAACCUUUAGACAUUUGUAAUCGAAACUUGUGCAGAGAGGAGAGAGGCCCGCUUGACACCACCUACGACCGAUCGAGCAGGAAAAUCCAACAAAGCAGCUAGGCCGAGGAGGGAGGGAGGGAGGUGCGGGACAUUCAAGAAGCAGAAUCCGGGGACGCGUCAAGCCACGAAUACACCGUUUGGCAUUUUCUAACCUUUCCAAAACUUAAUUUGGGGCUUUUAUUGACAGCUCUUUUUGUUUUUCCCCACAGUAGGGUAGCAGCGGUGGCGGCAUUUUCCCAUCAAAAAGGGGGGAAAAAUGUCAACAACAAAGAGGAGGUGGAGAGCGUAGUGUUCCUCUUUCCCUGCCAUUCAGAAUUUUAUCCUGUGAGUAGCAAUUCCGCAGGGAGGCCUCUUAGACGUCAUCUAUCCCAGGUUAGAGGUUUCUUCUGACUUUCAUUUGCCACGUUCUCAAGCCACGUUCUCAUCCCCCCUCCUGUUGUUUCGAUCUGUCCUCUUCCCUGCCUCCUCGCCCCUCUUUUUUAAAUCUUUUAGCGAACGGAAGGAACAUUUUUUCUCAGGGUUUCUGCAGGAUCUUCUCGUCGUUGGCACCUGAAAUGUAUAUAAGCAAAACCGUGCUAGCGUGUUGAUUUUCGCCCCCCUUUUCCUCUUCUUUCGAGGAGCUUCGCGCCCGUCACAUUUUGGGGGGAGGGCAGGAAUCAUUGCUGUUUUUAUCAACCGGUCGCCUCUGUAUAUAGGAAAAGGAUAGGUGCGGGGAAAGGAGGCUGCCGUUGUAGGGUGCGGGGUGUUUGUGUGCAUCAUCCUUGCUGGCUUUUUGAUCCUGGCCCUUUAAUACGUUCCAUGUAUUUCCCAGUCUCCUGCCGAAAAACUCCCGUCUUCUUCCAUCUUUUCGAUUAAUAGCGCAAGAAACAUCUCUAUGUGUCCAAAGUGGGUUGAAGUUCCUCACCUUCGGGGAUUCGGGGCAGGUUUUGUUGUCCUUUUUUACUAGGGGGAAAAAAACUUUGCCAUCCAUCCCGCCACUCAAAUCAAUUAAUUUUUAAUUCGCCAUUGGAACAAUAGAAAGAAUAGGGGCGAUUGUAUUUCCCUCUCAGAUAUGUUUUGCAUAAAUUUUGGGUCUCCUUUUUCUUAAUUGCAAAGGGAUUGAAAAUUUGCCUCUUUUCCCUUUGUGAUUCACUAUUUUUUUCUUAAUUUUUUUCCAAUUUUUUUCUGUAUUUACAAGCGGCUUUUGCAUCUGAUCUCCCAUCCGUCGGGAUUGAAAAAUUGCCUCUUUUCCCUUUGUGAUUCACUAUUUUUUUCUUAAUUUUUUUUAAAUUCAUUUUUUUUCUGUAUUUACAAGCGGCUUUUGUCUCCCCAAUUCCCAUCACGAUUGCAUCAGUCCCAAGCCAGAUAAAGGAAGUAAAGCCUGCCAGGACUGGAAGACAUUUUUUUGUCAUUGAAACAAUGGGUUCGGGGAAAUGUUGGAUCGGAAACAUAGGAGUUAGAGAGAAGCAGGAUUCUCCUAUUUCCCUGCAUGUGUGUAUUCCGAAUGUCUGAUUGUGUGACAACCGUUUUUAUAACAAAAAAGUUAAUUGGUAUUUUAAAACACUUCCGGCCAUGAGGAAAAUAUUCUUCCGAGGAAGAAAGGGUUUGUGUGUAUGCGAGAAUGCAAAUAGCUCCUGUAAGCUUGUAAACAAACAGGGAACGGUGAUGAAAAGUUGGGCAUCUUUCAUGUCUUGGGAUCACGAGAAAAACAUUGAGGCCCAAGUAAUUUCAGUAUCUUCAGAAAGUUCCCGUUUAAUCUGAAAUAGCUUUGGGAGCCGUUUGGAUCGAAGACGGAAAUAUAAAAAGCGAAACUGGAGGGAUUACUAAAACGACGACAUCUUUAGCGCCUUUAGUAGAUGUCUUUUUUCUGCACAUUUUUGUAUAAAAACAAAACAAAAAAAGAAGGAAAGCGAGAGAGAGAGGAAAAAAUAAACCCCUAAAAAAAAAGACAAAUAAGAUUCAGCCUGUUCGUGUUUUUUCAUGAUUGUAUGUCUUAGUUGCUGUAGAUCGGAAGCUCAAGUAAAACAGGCUGUAAAUGUUUUUACAGAUUGUAAAACGUUUCGGUGGCCAGUAAAAAGGGUUUUUUGCCAUUCAACAUGUAACUGUGUGGUUGUUUACAUCUGUAACUUUCUUUCUUUUAACGAUUCUGGCAUAUAUGUAGAUUGAAAUACUUCCAUUUUUAGAAUAAAUAACCAUUCGCUUGAUUCCACCACCUUCUGUUGCUGCGCUGGCUUUUUAAUGCUUUUGAGCUUGUUUGUUUCCCCCAAAUAUUACAAUAAAAUAAAAACUCAAAAAAGA